AUGCGGGCCAUUGGAGAUGAUCUAGCUUUGGCUGCAAGUCCGGUAUCUGAAGAUGAUUUAGUUUUUUAUGUCAUUACCCAAUUAGGCGGGGAAUACAAUCCAUGUUUUUCAGCCAUUCGGAUUCGGGAGAAUCCAAUCUCCUUUGCUGAAUUGUCUAAUAUUUUGACUGCUCAUGAAAGGUUGACGAGAGCAACAGAUGAUCAACGCCAAACCAUGCUCGCGACAGCCAAUAUUGCUCAAAAGGGUGAUCGGAGAACUAAUAGCAAGACUAAUAAUUCUAGUCGCGACCAGAGUGGUCAAUUUUCACGGCGAUCUCGUGGAGGCUUUAAUGGACAAAACAAUCGUUUUUCUUGGAACAAUUCAAACAAUGGUAGGAAUGCAGUGUUUUGCAGGUUCUAUAACUGUCCGGGACAUGAGACACGGUUUUGCCGUAGACUAGCAAGAUUUUUAAAGGACAAUAAUGUUUGUCCCUCUCAGGCUCCCACUUCAACUUAUUUUCUUGCGUCUAAUGCUACUAUGGCUUCUGUUCCACUACAACAACCUUGGUUGUUUGACAACGGCGCAUCUCAUCACGCCACAUCAACUUCCUGUUCAUUACAAACAUUUGCUUAUUACGGAGGUCCAGAUAAAAUACACUUGGGUGACGGUAAAAGUCUUAAAAUAUCACAUACUGGUCAUACUACUCUCCCCACACCAAAAAGAAAUCUUUCAUUAGCUAAUGUUCUUUGUGUUCCAAAAUUACGCAACAAUUUGGUUUCUAUAUCAAAGUUGUGCAAAACUAAUCGUGUCUUCGUGGAAUUUUUUCCAUCUUUCUUUCUUGUUAAGGAUCUGCAAAUGCAGGAGUCUCUAAUGCGGGGGGAGAAUGCCAAUGACGUUUAUUAUGCUACCUUGUCUCGUCAGCCCCAAGUUCAUGUUGCAACCGUGUCAUUUGUGUCUGACUGGCAUCAUCGACAAUACCAUGGUUAG